GAGCUGAAAGCAGCCAGCCAGAUCUGCUGAACCUGUGUCUGUUGGUGAGGGAAGGUGAGCAGGACUGCGGUCCCGAAAUGUUGGCAGUGACUCACCAGCUUCUAGGAGAUGGCUUUGUGCCACCCAGGUGCCUUACUGUGCAGGGAUCUGCAGUGCCACCACUCAGUUUAUGUUCUGCUCUUUUGUGGUAGGAACCCAAGUACAUUAUGUUAACUGCACCGUCAGAGGACAAAAUCUCUCUAGUUGUAUGUGCAAGAAUAGCUGUGGUUUUAACUUCAAGACAGUGUCUUAUUCCAGGCACAUAAAUCUAGAUGCAUUUCCCAGGCAAAAUGUAUUGCAGGCCAUGGAUGCUGUAAACACUAGAAUGGCAUUGCUCUUGGUUUGAAUGCGUCCGGCUUCCUGAUCAGUGAAGUAGCAAGGAAGCUUGGCUAAGGAAAAAACCUGUCUUAUUGAUGAUUCCCUCUUUGUCCAUUGCUGGCAAUGGACUUUGUGAAACUCCUUGUGCCAGAGUUAAGGUGGGAGCUUUUCUUUCUUUCUUUUUUCUUUUUUUUUUUUUAAUCUUUUUUUUUCUUUGAUGGCACAGUCUAGACAGUAAGAUAAGUAUAACUUGUGAUAAAUUUAGAAGUUUUUAAAUAGAAAAAAAAAAAACAUGAGAUCAUAAGUAAUUUUAACUUAUUAGUUCACUUUUAUUGAUGAAUGAGAACGGUUUUAAACUUGUAUUAUGAAAAUUGUCCAAUUUAGUCUACUUAGGAGGUGGUUUCCAAGCUUACAGUCAUCCUAGCAAACAAGACUUAGCCCAGCCCGAGUUACAAAACAUAUCUUGAUGCUUGCUGGAAUGGUGUUAGCUCUGAGUUGAGGAGUGCUGCAAGGUGGGGUCAGAGACGAGCUGGGAAUAGCUGAGCUGGCAGAAGGGGAGAGCUAUGAGGGGGUUGGCUGUGCUCUGUUUCUGUGUGUCUGAAGGUUUCUCUGCCAAUGUCACCUGCAUGUCUGCAAAACAAAGAUGCAAGCCAUGCUUUUUUUCCCUGAAUGGAGAUGAGCAUUUUUAAGACUUGCUGCUGCUCGACUUGGCUAGCAUAGACAAACAGAACAGCCAGAGUUUGAGUAGAUGCUGGAAAGGAAGAGUUUGCUUUAGAAAGUGCUGGGGUUCCCACAUGUCUCGCUCUCUUGGGUGCCAGUGUAGGAUCCCAGAUUGGCCUGUAAUCCAAUGCGUGUGUGAUGUGUAUGGGAUGCCCUGUAAUUGGUGUGACUCGCUGGGCAGCUCGUGGCUGGGAUGCACGUGUGCAGGAAAUGUGCAACUCUUGGGAUCUCUGUUACCGUCGAACAAAGCGGGUUGCUCAUGGAAAGCAGCCGUGGUGCUGGGAGCAUGCACUGUGACAUAAGGCAGCUCCUGUGGUGGAGGGUGGCUGGGGGAGCCAGAAGGCUGAUAAAGUCUCUCCAGCUGGUGUUGAAUAUGUCUUUGGUCCGUUUUCCCUCUGUCCCUCACGCUAUCAGUGGAAAUGGAAGUGGGUGCAAGCUUUCUCUUUAUUUUUUUAACUGUCUUCAGAUUUUAAUGUUGCCUUUUGUGUAAUUUAAUCCCAUUAUGUUAUUUAAUUGUUACUGCAAUAUUAACUACUGUAUUUGUUGACUUUGUUUAAUAACUGUUCUUUCAGGGCUAGAAAUAAACUUCUAAAAAAAAAAAAAAAUCUUUUUCUUCCCCUUCCCCAUGUCUUCUAAGACAAGAAUAGCUGGAAAGAGUAAAAGUUUGGAGGUCUUAAUGAGAUUAGCAGAAUUGGUUUGUAACUGAGCUUUAAUGGUGGUGGAUGUAAUUUUAUGCUAUACUAGCCUGUUCUGUUUCUUUUUCAAUAUUAUUACUCAACAGCUUCACAUGCACCUAUCCCUGCACGCUGCUGCCAUCGUUGCACCUCCUGCACCAUGCUUUGGAGCAGCAUAUGGGAGAGAGGGUCUGGAGCACACACUUCAUCCAUCAUUGAAGAGAGAUCACGUGCUCUUUUUGCAAGUGGAGUAAAGCAGCAGCUUAGUUCAUCAUCAUUGCAUCUUCCACUAUUGCUCACGCUUCUGGUUGGAAUCAUGAAAAUGCAAUCCAGUUAAAGAAGAGGACAUUGAAAUGUGCUUUUUUUGGGCUUAGGGUUGGUUCAGUUGAAACCCAGAUGAUGUUUCUGGCUUGGCUGUGGAUAUCAAAGUACCCAUACUGUGCAUUUCCCAUGUGUUGUUGGGAAAUCACCUUGUUCCCUUUCUCGCAUAUUAUGUGAACCUUGCUCAUACUGUUGACAGAGGAAAGUGAAGAAACACUCUGAGUUUGGAAAUGUUUUCAGCUAGACAUAAGAAAUGUUCUUAACUGAGGUUUGCGUUAAUUUAUGGUGGAAACAGCUGACAGGAGGAGAGAAGGUGCUUAGUAGAACUAAUUCAGCUGAUAUUGACACUUGAGUUGCUUUGAGGUGAGCAGGAUUUUGGUUUUAGUUUGCACAGGUUGAAACUUCCUUGUCCUUGCUUGAUAAAUCCAAGUGAGGAUUGUAAGAACUUGCUUUUCACUUUCUUACACGUGGCCUUGACUAAAAGCAGCAACCACCCAUUGUUUUUUCAUCAGUUCUUUAUGUACUGGAUAUUGUGCAUCAGGUUAAAGCAAUGCAGUCUUGCUGUAAAGUUGGGGAAAAUGUCUUGCAGUUGAGUUGCGGUGGAUUAAAGCACAGAGCUGAGCACAGUUCUUUGGGCCACACCAGCAGGAUGCUGGUUAAACACAGGAUGGUUGAAAAACAAACAGGUCUUCACUUCCAGUGAGAGUUCCUGCAGUGCUGUGAGGAGCAGCGCUGGGUUUGGCUGCGAUUCGUGGGGCUCGUGUACAAGCACAGCACUCUGCAUGCUCCCAGCGACCUGCACAGCUGCACCUUUUCCUUGUUUUGCAACUUGCACUUUGCAAUGAAGACUGUUUGCAGUGAAAAUAACUGUCCCAGCAGUAUCUUGCAGACCUCAGUCGUGUGGGAACGGGAUGUGAGAUUCGAGCUCAGCUAAAUUAUUGACUCUGCAGAGGAAGGGGUUUCUCAAAGAUCUCCCCCUACUUCGAACUGUAGCCUGAUGGAAACUUUUCAAACAAGUAACAACAGUGAAUUUUCUCCUUACGGUCUGUGGCAAGGGAGAAGAGCAGCAGAGGUAGAGCUUCUCGUGCUGUUCCCCCACUGUAGUGGUGGCAUUGCUUUUUCCCUUUUCUACCCAUCUGUUGGUGCCUGCAGGGAGAACAUCUUCCAGCACAUCAUAACUGCAUUUCAAUUGAUUGUAUUGAUCUGAUUACUGAAACAGGCUGGACUUGAUGAGAAAAUUAAUCGGAGAAUCAUUAAGAUUGGAAAAGAUGUCUGAGAGCAUCAGGUCUAACCAAGUGAUGUGGAGAUGCAUCAAGUGAGUAGGAGGGAAGAUGGGACUGGAGGAGCAGAAGCAGCGCAACUCAGUGCUCAGGCUCGAGAUCCUGGUGCUUUGUGAAUGGCUCGUGAGCAUCGAAUCCAGCUUGGUACAAUAGCAGAUCAAAAGAGAAGAUGCUGAUGUGACAGGGCAGCGUGAUGGCACUGUGCCCAGCUGCUCUCUCAAGCCUGAGUUAAGCAUUGCACAGUUGCAGGAUAUGCCACAGCCAUAGUUACAGAUGGUGGAUGGGAAAUAGGUUUUGGAUACCUUGAGCAGUUCUUAAAAUGCUAGGAUUUUCACUGAGCCAAAAAAAAAAAAAAAAGUUUUCAGUCUUUUGAAGCAUGUUUUAUCUUUCCGUAUUUGGGCAAGGUGUGCUUAUAUUAGGCCAAAGAUGCACACUUGUGUUUUGUUGGGAGAAAUAGGUUAAAAACUGAAGUGGUGAUGUGUUUUGAGGCAGGUUGACCGCAGCCCAGCAGUUUUGGAUAGGAGGGUUUGGAGGAGAAGUUGUUGACAGUGGUUUGGGCUUCCCAAGGUUCCCAAUGCAAGCACUGUGUGCUGCUCUUACCAGGAACCUUCCCAAAACCACCGCUGGGUGAGUGCCUGGGGAAAUAAAUGUCCUGAGGAAGGAAAGCAGUAUUGGUUCCCAUCAUACAGGGACGCUUACCCUGUGGAAUUCUGUUGGUGAGGAGUGAGCUGCUGUUCCCACUGUCAGGAUGGGAAACGUGGGCAGAACCCAAGAAGCACUGUCAUUAUUUGAUGGUGACAGCAGUUCUGCCAGUGCAGCUGGGAGAGAUCCCAUCCAGCAGAAGGAGCUAAAAUGUCCCUGCCACUAAAACCCACCUGUGGGCACACACUGAGUGCAGCCAGUGCCAGUAGCAAACACUGUGAGGUCCCAGUGGGGACAAGGACAGGGAACAGAAUGCCAGACAAGCUCUCGUGUUGGCUGAAGGAAGGCUUCACUGAGCCCCUGGGCACCCUAAUAGAGGUGCAGGGAAAUCAUGGAGUCAACUUUACUCCAGUUCUUGUUAAAAAUACAGAGUUGGGGAACAAAGAAUUUUUUUCUUUUUUUGGGAGACCUGAAGAAGUAGCCUGAAAGAGGCACUCAGAGAGGAGCAGGGGUGUGUGCUGGCACCCUCAAAUAGCUGAGCUGCAUCCCAGUGCUUGGUAAACAGCACAGCAGCAGGCAGAGCUGGGUGCUGGAGCAGGAGGCGAGGAUGGGAAGCAACAUUUUGACGGGAGCAGCUCUGGGCAGCACUUGUCCCCAUGCCUCCUGCAGCUCACAUGUGUGGUGUUUCCCAAAGCCUCCUGGCCGCUGGGCAGGUGCCACGUUUGCUUUUGCACGACCUUAUAAAACAGAGGCUUGGAGGCUUUUCUGCUCCUUCCCGGGGGCUGAAAGCUGCGUGGCUCUGUCUCUUCCUCGUGUGCCUUUCACUAUGGCUGGCCUGAACGUUUCCAUCGCCUUUUUCUUCCUGGUACUUGGCACGUGUGAGGCACUCAGGCGGCUCUCCAAGAGGCUGCUGGCCCCGGGACUGUUGGGGUGCCUGGCUGCAGAGCUGGCUGGCUCACUACAGCUGUGCUCGAGCUGUCUGGAGCUGAGGAUGCUGCUGGAGAUCGGCCCGUGGGGCGGCCUCGGCCCCGACGUGGUCCUGACUCUGCUCUUCCUCCUCUUUGCGAUUCACACCGCCUGUGCAAAUGGAGCAGCUGCCAACCCCACCAUUUCUCUCCAGGAGUUUCUUCUCUUCGAAUGCGGCUCCGUGGCUACUGUGGCCAAACUACUGGUCCAGUGUGUGGGUGCAGGGAUGGGCUGGGCCCUCACCAAGCUCUACUGGUCCUGGGAGCUGACACAGCUCCACCUCAUCCAGAACCUCAUGGCUUCUGAGUGCAGCUCCUCCAUCCACACGUCCCCCCACAUUGGAGCUCUGGUGGAGGCUGCCUGCUCUUUCUUCUUCCACCUCAUCCUCCUCAGGCUGCGCCGCAGCCCUGCUGUGUGCCGGGUGCCUGUCCUGGCAGCCACUGUCACCUUCCUGACCUACGUAGCCAUGCCAGCCACAGGAGCCUUCUUCAACCCUGCCCUGGCCACUGCCAGCACCUUCCUGUGCGCGGGGAGCAGCCUGCGGGACUACAUCCAGGUGUACUGGCUGGGGCCCCUCACAGGUAUGCUUGCCGCCCUCUUGCUCUACCAAGGCAACAUCCCAAGGUUCUUCCAAAAAAACCUGCUGUAUGGCCAGAAGAGCAAAUACAAGAUACCCAAGACCAGGGUGACACAUGCAGAAGAUGGAGAGCAGCGGCAGAAGGGAAAAGGGGAGAAGAGCAGCACAGCGCCUCGUGUCUGAGCCCCUCUGCUGGGAGCAGUUCUGGUGUGGAGCAUUUUGUACACCCAAGCCUACAAUGCCAGUCGUGGGGGGGAAACUAAUGUGUUUGCAGAAAUUACUGGUUGUCUGGUGUACGCAGGAAGCUUGCAGAAACUCAGGACCAUUGCGUGGGCACGCUUGGGCAACUCCCAGGUGGUUGCGUCAUGCCAUGUUUGAAAUAAUCUGUCUGUGUCUCUUAUGGCCAUAAAAACAGUGUAAUAAGUCUCGGAGACUUGGGAUGAGGAGGAAGCUAUCUGUAAUGUUUGGUGUUAUUUGAGUUCAACUGACACAAAUCAGUUGUGGACACAGAUUUGUGGACACAAAUCGCACAGCUCAGGGAGAAGGCUUUAAAAUGCUCUGCAAUUCACAGCAGCAGUGCACAGCACGCCCUGCUUCCCCAGUGUGGUUUUUAGCCUGUGUUUUGCAUGCAGCCGGGGAGCUGCAAGGUGACAAUAAUGGGUUCGUAAAGCAUCUUUGGUUCAAAUACGUGGCUCUGGUAUGCGGUGCAGGUGGGUGGUCGCAUGCAGACCCCCGCCAGUCCCAGCCCUGGGCUGCUCUCUGUGCUAUGUGAAAUGUCUCUGCUUAACACAGCGCUCUGUGAAAUAAAUGUUGCAAUUGGCACUAAGGCGAGUGGUGUCAUUCCUCCAGAAAUUGAA